UGUAGCCAAAUAUUGCCGCUUUAUCUACAAGGGUCUGCACUAGCGAUUUAUGAAUCAAUGCCCGUGGAUGAAAAGUCGCGGUGGAAGACACUUGUAGAAAGCUUGGCAGGGAGGCUAAAAAAGAUAUCAAAUAAGGAAAGCGCACGCAUAAAAUUAGUUGAAAGGAGACAGGAGAUGGGCGAAGGAUUAGAAGAAUUUGCAAUGGAUUUAAAGAAUCUAGUGGAAGCAGCUUAUCCUGAGAAUGCGUUUGGAAUGGACCUUGCUUCAAUUAAAUUAGAUGACGAACAAAGGACAGGCUUGAAAGGGGAAAAUGACAAAAUGGCCAAAAAGUUUAAGGAGGAAAUUUGCAUGGAGAGAUUUAAAGCCGGAAUGUUACCUGAACUUAGGGAAAAGGUUAUUUUUAUGAAAGCGCCCUCCUCAUUGGCAGAAGCAAUAGCGCAGGCAAAACGGGUUGAUGAAUUAAAUCGGACAAUUAAAGAUGAGACAAGGAAAAGACUGGAGAAAAUAGAAGUUAAGGCGGCGCUAGCGGAGAUCAAUGAAGUCAGGGAUCCUUACCAAAAUGAUGACCAAUAUUACUAUGAGGAGCAAUUCCAGGAGUCUAACGGAUGUAAUGAGAACGGGGAUGAUGAAAAGAUGGACCCAAAUGUUGACCCAUACUAUGCCAAUGACCAAUAUUAUGAUGAUGAAGGCCAAUGGUUUCCACAUGAGAGUAAUGAGGACUGGGGAGAGGAAUAUUGUCAGGAUCAAGGAUAUCAGAACUGGCCCACGGACGGAACAGAUUUUGAGGAGUAUUAA